AUGACCACCUUCAUGGUCGGACGACGCGUCUUCAAUCUCACAACCACCACCCCAUUUCUUCAAUCGUCACUCAGAUAUUCUUCAACGUUCAACUUUUAUCAGAACAGGCAAUUGGAGCAGUAUGCUAAUAGGGAGGCCAAACCUCUGACUUUGAGGCAACUUGUUUUCUUCGGGCGCCAUCUUACGGAGGAGAAGAUUCUUAAGAGUGCCAACUAUGUUCGUUCUGAGUUGCCUGUCCGCAUUGCCCAUCGACUUCGGGACCUACAAGCGUUACCGUAUGUUGUUGUAACACAGGAAGGGGUUGAGAAGGUUUAUAAGCUGUACUGGACUGCAUUUGAGAAGUUUCGGACAUAUCCACCAAUAACAUCAAUAGAGGAGAACACCAAAUUCUGCAAAUUUGUAGGGUCGCUCCUGGAUGACCAUGCUGUUGUGAUUCCAAACCUCUCUCUAGGCCUCUCCUUGUCGUCUCCAUUCCUCUCGCCAGACAAGCUCGACAGCUUCAUGCGCCGUAUGCUCGUCUCCCGCAUAUCCCGCCGUGUACUCGCAGAACACCAUAUCGCCCUGUCCAAGACGUACCUUGCUAAAGAUUCUCCUGCUCAUGAAGCAGAACCUCGCGUUGGGAUUAUCUAUACUGCUUUGGAUGUUAAGCGGUGUAUUGACAGAUGCUCCACAAUCUUGAGAGAUAGACCGCUAUGGGUACACGGGAACGAAGAUGUCCGAAUCGACGCCUGGCCGGAGGUCGAAGUCGAGGGACACCUAGAUACCAAGUUUGCUUACAUCCGGGAUCACCUUGAAUACAUUGUAUUUGAGCUCUUGAAGAAUGCCAUGUCCGCCACUGUCCUCAAACAUCACGACAGCGGCUCCUCGUUGCCACCCAUCCGCGUUACAAUCGUUGCUGGCGAGGACGAUAUCAGUCUGCGCAUCUCGGACCAAGGCGGCGGUCUCACCUCCGUCAACGCCCCAACUAACGACCCCAUGGAUCUGUUCUCUUUCUCCCAUAUACGGAACGCGUCGAGGUUGGAAGACUCCCGACUCGGUGCAUUGCGCACUGCGAGCGAGGAAGGUCUGCGGGCGACGGUGGAUGAACAACUCUCCCGUUGGCAGAAACAUUCGUAUUAUCAACCGAAGAACCGGGAUAAGUUGGAGGAGCAUGGCACGGCGCCUUCUCAGGAAAUCAUGAAUAUUGUCCGUUCCAGGAUUGGGAUUGGCUUGCCUAUGAGUAAUAUCUAUGCGACAUACUUUGGUGGCUCACUGGAGCUGGUAUCGUUGGACGGUUGGGGUACCGAUGUUUUUUUGCGACUUCCCAAGCUGGGGACCAAUCUGGAGGGUAUCGAGGUUUAG